AUGGCUCGCAAUCACACCUUUGAUUCAUCCUUGGACCGGUACUAUCUGCGUGCGUGGUACCCUCCAAUCGGAGAGGCUAAUCUCCCCGAGCCUUCCGAGGCCGUCAACGGGAGAAAUGCAGACAAUCCCGAGGUGCCUUGGUACGCCGAGCUGGAAGUCCACGUGGCAAAUCGCCUUGGCUCCGACCGCUUCGCCGGUCUCACAGCGCUGACAUCAAGCUCGCCACCCAGCAAGCGCCGCGUUCCCCGGGUUGCUCUGGCUCGCACCUCUGGUCGGCAUGAUAGCGCCACCGUCCAGGACCCUGCGGUUGCCAGCACGUCGAACCCGGACUCCAAUUAUUCUACAGCUCAUGGCGGCAUACGCUCUCAGCUCGCACAGCUGCGUCCCAAACACGCGGUAUUCCAGGUCAAGCUCAGUAUUCACCAAGUCUCGAACGUCCCUUACGUCCGCGGGGAGUUUGGCGUCAAGUGGCGGUUCAAGAACGUCGUGUCCGCCCCGCCGCACACCAGCUUCCUGUCAAGGAUAAGGGCGCACCGGACGACCUCCGGGCGCUCGAGUGUGAAGGGGAAGGAGAAGGCGGUGGAGGGGCCGGAGAUUGUUGUGCACGACGAGGACGAGGCGGAUCAGGGGUCGGCGGGGUCGGGCGAGGACCAGUACUCGCUCGGGGAAUGGGGCGAGCGGAAAGCGAACGCGAACCUCUCGAGUCUCUCCUUGGACCUGCUCAAGCCGGCGCCGGUGUCCCCGAAGGCCCCUCUCUCGCCCAUGAGCACGAGCACGCCCUCGGAUUCGCAGAGCUCGCUCGGGAACGGCGUCGUGUACUCGGACGCGAAAGGCAUGACCGAGUACCUCCCCCUGCGGGGGCACAGCGUCAAGUGGGAGCACACAAUCACGGUCGUGGUGCAGAUGGACGUGCAGCGGGACACGCUGGAUCUGCUGCCGAACGAGCUGAAGCUCGUGGUAAAGCAGCGCGUUAUCCCCGGCGACCCAGACUCACCGGAGAACCCGCGGCUAGGCCACGUCCUGCUUAACCUCGCCGAAUACGCCAACGCAGGGCCUGUCACUCGAAACUACCUUCUCCGGCAGAGCAAGACCAACGCUAUCCUAAAGCUGACAGUCGAGCUGACGCACAUCGGCGGUGAAACCCGCUUCCGCGCGCCGCCUUUGCGCAAGGGCGAGAUCCUGGCCGGCGUCUCGGGCCUGCUCUCCAACGACGCGUACCGCUCGCCAGCGUGGCUCUCCCGCACGCUCGACCUGUACGGCGACGUGCCCGGGCUCGACCUCGGGCGCGACGGCCCGCGCACGACGGAGACGCUCAUCGAGGCGAUCUUCAAUCCCGUGCCGACGACGAGCGACGCGGAUUCGCCGUUCACGUACUACGUCCCGCCGGGGUCGGCGAAGGCGCGGGAGCUCGAGGAGAAGGAGAAAGUGAAGGAGGAUAGCAGCAGCGGGACGCUGGACUCGGAGGAGAAGCGGAGCGUGGUGAGCGGGACGGAUAGCGCGAGCGUGCUCACGAGCUCGGGGGCGUCCCCAUCGCUCGCGAGCGGGUCGAAUUCGGAUGCGGGGAGUGCGAGUGGGAAGCAUAAGGGCUGGUGGUCGCGGCACAAGCUUGGCGCUGUGCACACGAGUCGCCCCGGGACGCCUAAUUUAUUGUUGAGGAGGCAAGAGAGGGAGCGUCCUAUCAUCAACAUCGUCCCCCCACGGACAGAGAGCGGGGUUGGGAAGGCUUGA